AUGUUCUCCGGACCGCAGAAGCAAGUCCUGCGAACUGGCGAUCGCGUGCGCGCGAAUUUCCAGAACCGCUAUGGCUCGAAGAGCUCAGCUACCGACGUGGGCACGCUGCUCCAGUUUACUACAUCGGAGGUGGAGAUCCACUUUGAUGAUGGUGCCGUGCAGUGCGUCUCCAAGACCUGGAUCGCCGAGCGCCUGUCCGCAUGGGAUCUGGAUCUUGCGCCAGGCGAUAUCGUGUAUGCCCACUAUGCUUCCGGUAAGGGGCGCACCGUCAAUACCGAUCUUGGCAUAGUGGUGGCUGUCCUCGAUGGCGGCCGCGUUCGGAUCAGGUUUCAGGACCAAAUCAUGCAGACCAUCCCCAUGGGAUGGGUCGAGCAGGUGAUGCGAUUGGAGCCAGGAGAUCGCGUGAAUGCGUACUUCAAAGUCAACGAUGGGAGGGGCGCGAAAAGCGUCAAAACCGACAUGGGCUCCGUCCUAGCCGUCUCAAAGGAGGACGUGUACAUAGUCUUUGACGACAACGUGGAGCAAAACGUGCCCAAAACUUGGGUGUGCCACCGGGCCAGGCCCUGGAACCUGCAGGUAGAAGUCGGAAGCGUCGCAGACGUUCACUUUGAGGUGGGCGAAGACGGACGAAGAAGCACCAGCACCGAUAUUGGAAUCGUGCUGUCGGACCCCAUCGAUGGCCGUGUGCAGGUGCAGUUCCAGGACACAAUCCAGCAGACUGUCCCUUUGGGAUGGAUCGUGCGUCUCCGCGAGUGGGCCGUGGGCGAUCGGGUCCAGGCUCACUUUAAGACGGGCGGCGGUGAGAAGAGCACGGAUACUGACGUUGCCACUGUCAUGAGCUCUUCUUUGCUGGAGGUGGAUCUGUACUUUGAUGAUGGAAUCCAGCAGAACGUGUCCAAGGCGUGGGUGACCGAACGGGUGCGCGACUGGCAUGCCGAGGUGUCGGAGCUCUCAUCGGGGGACGUGGUGAUCGCACAUUUCAAGCGCCCGGGUAACCAUUGCCGAAGUGUGCAAACUGACCGUGGCAUCGUGCUGACGAUUCUACAGCGGGGCGAGGUGUCCGUGAUGUUUCAGGACGACAUCACUCAGGUCAUUCCCAAAGGAUGGAUCCAGGCCGUGGCAACACGCUGGUCUGGUCAGAGAGACGAGUUUGCCAGAGACAAGGCAGAGAUCGUUUCUUUUGAGUCAUCCAAGCAGCGCUCGCAACGCAUAGCUCCAGCGAACAGCACGGAGUGCGUCAUCUGCAUGGACGCCAAGCCCAACGGAGUGAUCGUGCACGGGGACACGUGUCAUCAGAGCACCUGCUACACUUGUGCAAAACGCUUGCAACGGGCUGGUGACUCUUGCCCAAUCUGCAGGGAAGUCAUCGACCAAGUGUGUAAGCUCCAUGGCGACUGA